GCAGGUGUGGCAACGCUUUGCUAAAGCAACAAUUACAUUGCCUGUGCGGUUUAACAAAAUAGUAAAUAAUUUAUAAUAAUUUGAAUUAAACAAUGGCUACAUUGCUAAAAGCUGCUAUCAGUCCUCUGCGACUUGGUUUCUGGCAGACGCGAAACAUUGCCACCACCUCCCCAACGUUAAUCAAAGAAAUACACGAGAAGUUGGAGAACAAUGUGAUGGUGUAUGAAGGUGUCAAUGUGGAAUCUGACCGGUCCUCGAAAAUGCUUAAAGCUGCCUGCGAUACCACAUUCUGUCCGGAAUGCACUUUGGGGCUGGAUAUUAAACACACCGAUGUCCUGAUACUUUCGCAAUACGUUCGGUCUGAUGGCUGCAUGCUCCCCAGACGCAUCACCGGUCUCUGUCAUCGUCAGCAAAAGAAAAUGGGAACUCUGGUGACCAUGGCACAAAAGGCAGGCCUUAUGCCCAAUCUGGGACCUUCAUGGAGCAAGAAGGAUCCAAAGAAACGCUUCGGAUGGCGGAAAUAUAACAAAUACUUUCUCGAGUCAACAAUUAAAUAUUAAAUUUAGACAAUAAAAUGUGUUUGUUUGCUAAA